AUGCCUCCGGGUAAACGAAAGAGAAGUGAUCGCCAUUCCGUCGAAGGUGGUCGAUCUUCUCCUCAUCGACCCGGUGAUACAGGACUUGGACAACACGACCGCGACGAUAACAUGGCACGUGGUCGCGGUAGAGGGCCUAGAGGUCCCGGACGACGCGAUUCAUCUCAAGGUCAAACCCGAGGACCCCCGAAUCAUCAACAGAAUCCUUCAUCAACGCAACGACGACCCAGCUCUUCUCAUGCACCACAGCCACCGGCACCACCUCCUCCUGCGCCAGUGAUAAAGAGACCUACUUAUGCACCGCCUCCGCUGUUGCGACCGCCCUCUCCGGUCCGUUCUAACUAUCGCUAUAAUAAUCUUACGGACGAGAAGAUUAGCGCUUGGGCUGAGAGUGGUCGGAAUGCAAUCAUCCAGCACGGAAAGCAGUCGCGGGAAGAUGUCGACAUCACAGAGCUGUCAAGCUUGUUCCAAGAGUUUGUACACGCAGUUGUCGAAGCUCGAUUACCACCAGCCGAUGCGGGUGCCUGCGUCAAGGAAAUUCUUGGAGACGAAACGACGGAGAUUAUUAAGGAUUCAUACGCGUUCGCUCCCCACACUCUAUUUCUUGACUCCUUGUCCAUAGUCAUGGAUAACGAGCCCGCCAUUUACAGGCCGACUCUUCGCGAAUUUGUCCUGACAUCCGGCGUAUCGUCCAACCUAAUGCGGCAGGUGCUCGAAGCUGAAGUCUUGCAGCGGAUAGGACUUAUUAGAGAUAAUUUUGUCAAACUAGGUAUCAAACAAGCAACAAACCUUCUGUAUCGACAAGCCAACUACAACUUGCUUCGGGAGGAGACGGAAGGAUAUUCAAAGCUCAUUACGGAACUUUUUACAACUAGCAGUGUGACUCCCCCUCCUCCCGAAAUGGCAGAACAGACCUUCGAACGAAUCAAGGCUCUGAUCGGCACCUUUGAUCUUGACGUCGGCAGGGUAUUGGACGUAACCCUUGACGUUGCAGCUGCUGUUCUCAUUAAGCAGUUCAAGUUCUUCGUCAAAUUUCUACGAGUUAGCUCCUGGUGGCCUCGAUCUCAUCUCAAAUUCAGUGCUGCAGUUUAUGUUGGUGGUUUACCCUUAUGGGCAACCCCGGACUACUCGCAGUGGACAACGACAGAAGAAGAUGAGAAGCUCUUAGAGGAGAAGAAGCGAGUUCGAGAUAUUGCUUUCUGGGACCGAGCUCGGGAAGUUCACAUGGAAGCUUUCUUUGAGCUUGGUGGUCGACAAGUCGCCGACUCGGACUCGCAACAGCUUACUAUAACCAACGGUGCCAAGGGCGAUGAUGCUGCCGCUGAUAUCGAAAGGCAGUGGGUGCAGGAAACCAAAACCCUUCCACCCCCUGGCAACAGAACGGCUGCACAACUGCUCGGCUUCAAGUUGCGUUUCUACAACUCCGAUGCUCGCGACGUGACAGACGUACUCCCCGCCAAUCUUCUAUACUUGGCUGCUCUUCUUGUCAAGAUCGGAUUUAUUUCCUUGACCGACCUUUACCCACACCUUUCCCCAGCCGAUGAAGACAUGGAAACAGUCAAAGAGAAGGAACUGAAGAGGAUCGAGGAGGAGGAACGAUCUUCCCGCGGUGGUCCGAUGAAUGCCCUUCUCAUGGCUGGUGUCCUGCCUCAAGGCGACGAUGAUAACCCCAACAGCUCGAACCUGCCUAGACGAGAACUUCCCAAGAAGGUUGAAGCAGAGACGAAAGAGGCUGCUGCAGAAGCUGCAGACGCCAAGCCAAAACUCCCAGAACCAUUGGAACAAAAGGUAGCAUUGCUCACCCAGCUGUUAACCAUCGGAGCUAUCCCAGAAUCGCUAUUCAUUCUUGGUCGCUUCCCAUGGAUCCCAGAGGUCUUCCCCGAGGUCCUUGAACGGAUUCAUCGUAUUCUUCAUCAUUGCGUUGACAAGGUCUUCCGCGACAGCCGACCUAUCGUGGUCGGCGAGACCGGAUGUCCAACUAAAUUUGUCCCGGAUUUCGAUCAGUCCGGACUACCCAAAGGCAGUGUUCGAUUGAGCAGAUUAAUAACCCGCAAGUCUCUGAGGUGGCCGUUCCCGGAUAAAAUCGACACAAACGAAUCGCAAAAUUAUCGAUACUACUGGGACGAGUGGGCCGACAACAUCCCUGUCUGUCAGACCGUGGAUGAUAUCUUCACUCUCUGUGGGACACUUCUCAACAUUUCUGGUGUCAAUAUUGGCAAAGAUGAGGCUCUAUUGACCAAGUUGGCUAGAAUUGGAGCCAAGAGCCUUGCCGAGGACAAAUCAGAGCGCAAUCUUACCCGAUGGCACGAUCUACUUCGACGACUGUUGAUGCCAGCUUUGAGUCAUACCAAGGCCAAUGCCUCAGCUGUCAACGCUAUUUGGGAGCUUCUAAGGCAUUAUCCCAUGACUACUCGCUACUCCAUGUACGCCGAAUGGUUUGAGGGACAAAUUUCUCGGCUGCCUGCUAUGAAGGCAGCCUUUGCAAAGGCUACAUCGGAAACCAGGGGCACCAUGAAGCGAGUUUCUCUCACAAACUUGAGCGAAAUGGCCAAGCAGCUCGCCAAAACCAGCUACUCAUCUCCUGGUAUCGUUUUCAGGGUUGCUUUCGAGCAAUUGGAGUCCUAUCCAAACCUAAUCGACGCUUUUGUGGAGUGCGCCAAGUACUUUACAGACCUCUCUUACGAUGUGCUUGUGUGGUCCUUGAUGAGCUCUCUCGGCAAAUCAAGGAGCCGUACUCAAGCUGAACACGCUCUCACUACCAGCAAAUGGUUACAGGCCUUGUCAAGAUUCUCUGGCAGAGUCUUUCGACGAUACACGGUUCUCAAUGCCACGCCAGUCUUGCAAUAUGUCAACGAUCAGCUCAUCAAGGGCAACUCCACCGACCUUAUUAUUCUAAAGGAGCUCAUUACUUCGAUGGGUGGUAUUGUUGACUCGGUUGACUUCACUGACAUUCAAAUUUUAUCCAUGGCUGGAGGUGAAUACCUGCGGCGUCAUACUCUAAUCCGAGGCCAGGAUAAGCGAUUCGAGAACAUCAAGAGUUCAAAACGUCUCAUCCAAGCUUUGACAGAGUCCAAACUUGCCGCGCAGUUGCUCAUUAACCUGGCGCAGUACCGACAAGCCGCUCCGUUUCAUGUGCCGGAAGAUGAAGCCCACAUCAAAUAUCUGUCCUCGAUGAUUGACGAUUCACAUCGCAUUUUGAUCCAAUACCUCGAUUUGCUCUGGAGCAACAUGGACCCAUCGAACUUCGACGACCUUGUGCCUUCGAUCCCUGAACUCAUCCAUUCAUACGGUCUCGACCCCAGUCUGGCUUUUCUUAUUGGCAGGGCCAGCCUUUCUCAUCGGAUGCAUCCAUGGAAGCAGAAAAAGGUUGACGAGGCGAAGGACAAGGCUCAGAUCGCGCAAUCUACAGACAAAGAAGGCGACGUUUCAAUGGCUGAUACGCCUGCUGCAUCCGGCGGCAACGAAACACCCAGCCAAGAAGCGCUGCAGGUUGAAGAACAGGCUGGUGCUCAAAACUCACCAGCACCGAACCCCGCAACUAAUUCACAACAAUCACAGAAGUCGGAAGAUUCCUCUCUUGUCAAGUCAGCAUUACAGCCCAUUGUGGAAGGCAUCCAAGAUACUGUUCGUCCUGAGAUCUGGCAGAAGAUCACCCCAGAGUUCUAUGCGAACUUCUGGGCUCUUCAGCUAGGUGACCUCUAUUGUCCAGACAAAAUUUAUAGACAAGAGAAAGAUCGCCUCAGAGCGGAAGAGGUCGCUAUCUCGCGAGAUCGAAGCGACAUGUCAAGACGUGGACAAGAACGCAAAGUGGAAAAACGAAAAGAGCUUAUGCAGCUCCAGAUCGGGCUUUCAGAAGAAAACAGUGAACAUCUUCUGCGCCAGGCGAAAUGGAAAAUUUACCUGAACAAGCAGUUCCAAACGUCUUUCCCAGAACCUCGGGCCAAGCCAGAUACUAUAUCCGAUAUCUUACUCGAGCAAUGCUUCAUCCCUCGCAUGCUUCUCUCCAAGGCUGAUGCCGAGUAUACAUACAAGUUUAUCAAGGCACUGCACGAAGGUAAUGCCCCAGGCUUCCAGCUGAUGUCACUUUAUGACCGUCUGUUCAACGCCAACCGCCUGAGGGCUCUUAUUUUCACAUCUACUGUCAUGGAGGCCGAGUAUCUUGGCCGCUUUUUGAAGCUUAUUCUUGAAGAUCUGUCACGUUGGCACAAGAACGCGACGGUUCCCAAUGAAAAGGACAAGUCAAGAGACCAGCCAAGAUUGGGCGCAUAUGAGAAGGAGGCCAAGGGGCCAGCUGAUCAGCCCCGCCUUGGGUUCGCUCUGACUUUUGACGACAAUGACAAGCCACUGACCUUUGUUGAACACGAACAAUUCCGUGACUUGCUCUUCCGCUGGCACAAGAACCUCAAUAGCGCUCUGCGUUCUUGUUUGGAGGGUACAGAAUGGAUGCAUAUUCGAAAUGCCAUCACAGUACUGAAGGCGGUCCUUGAUUUCUUCCCAGCUAUCGACUUCAUGGCUACAAAGUUUUCAAGCCUUCUCCAAACUAUCACCAAGCAAGAGAGUGCUGCCAAACCUUCUCCUGACAGCGAGGUUGGCGGACGUGUCGACCUGUCAGUCGCCGCUCAGGGUGCCAUGUCAGAACUUCAGAGGAGGAAAUCCAAAUGGGUCAUGGUCCAGGCUUUCCGCCCUGGUGGUGCUGGCGCUGCCCAGAACGAAACAGACAAGGCGUCCAAUUUGCGUGCAAGUGCACCGGAAUUCAAACCCGGUCCCAACAAGCAACCAAGAGGGAAACAAACGACUGCUGAGGAGGAAGAUGGAGAGGUCAAGGAUGGCAAAGACGUCAAGAAUUCAGUGACAGAUCCAGCAAAGCCCACAGGCCCGGCGAAGGACUUGUUGCCAGCCAAACCAGGAUCGUCUCGGGAUUCAAAACGCGACCAUACACCAUCUGGUCCCCGCGCCUCCAAUAAUAAUUCUGGAGCUGGUGCUGGCGCGAAGCACGAUUCUCGACCUAAUACACUUCCCGAACGGCCACCUCAUACCCUCCCCAGCCGACCUGAUGUGCCUAUCCCUGCGCACUACACUCCCGAAAGAUUUAAUCAAUCCCGUGGACAUGAGCGUCGUGAUGGUAAGGAGCCCCGAGAUUCACGCUCUAGAGAUUCUCGUGAGCCUAGGGAAACUCGUGAUGCUCGAGAUCAGCGGGAGCCUAGAGAACCUCGUGAAUCACGGGAACAGCGCGAUUCUCGAAAUUUUGAUCCUGCUCGUCCUGAUCGUCCACGCGACUUCUCUGAGCGACGAACACAGGAUCACGGCCGGGAAUCAGCUCGAGCUGACGGAUCAACUCGUCGUGGCGAACAUGAGCGAGACCGAACUAGAGAUUCCAAGGGCGGCAGGAGUCAUGAUCAUGGUCGCUUGAACGAAACGCCUACCCCAGCCCCUACAGCACCCGCUGCAGCUGUUGAGGCACCUGAGCCACAUAUCAACCCAGAAAGAGCUGCGCUGUUUGCUCAAGACAACGAACGGGCUCGUGCACCCGACUCUGACCGGGCUAGUAGAGGUCGUAAAAACGCUCCUGUAGAGCCAAUGGAUACGAUCAACCCAGAGAGGGCGGCCUUGAUGGGUAACAGAGACAACACACCUUCACGCGCCCCUCGGAACGAACCACGAGAUCACAACGCUCGCAUUCAAUCACCUCGACGAGGUGGUCGGUAUGGGCAUGAGAGUGGUCAGCCUGAAGGUGGACGUGAAGACCGACAUGAUCGCAACUAUCCUGUGGAGCACCGACCUUCUUCUGGGAGAGAUCCUCGGGAGCGAUCGCCAUACCGCGGCGAGAGACCAACGGACCGUGAGGCUGAGCGAGCUUCUGCACCCAAGGGUCGCGAUGCUUCUGGUUUCCAUGGAACUCCUUCUCGAGUUCCUGAGCCUGAGCACAAGCCGCCCCAUCAAGAUGAUUCCUAUGGACGUCUCAACUCGAUACAGAAUGUCACUGAUAUUCCUUACGGACCAAGAGCCCGUGGACGAGGCUCAACUAGAGGUCAUGGUGGACCACAAGGGCUGCCAGGUCGACUUGACGCCAGGUUUGCUGGUGCGGAGGCUGAACAGCCUCCUACUCCGGAUCGACCUCCCCCUACUGGCCCGGCGUCGGGCAGAGGAAGACGUGGUGGUUUUGAGCAGAAUAAUGGCCCUGUCACUCCUUCAGGCACGCCCAGCGGCCCUCAAAACCGAUUGAGAAAUACCGGCCCCAACCAGGGUCUGCCUUCUCCUGCAUCCACUAAUGCUACGCCUUCAGGGGUCCAUCCAGAGCGUCUUGCACAAAUUGGUGCACAAAUCGGUGCAGUCCCUCCCCCACCUCCUGGACCGCCACCAUCUCAGCCUCAUGGCCACAAUCAUGGUCACAAUCGCCAGUCAAUGCCUGGGACUAACACUCCCGACCGAGGUCCUGGUCCUGGGCAACGACAGACACCUGGCAGCUAUGCAGGAUCACCAGUUGGUGAGCCUAAUGUACCCACCGGUCCAGCCUCCUCAAACGAGCGUGUUCGCAAUGGUGGUGGGCGAAGACAGCUCGCAGGCAUCAACAGCACCCUGCAACAAGCGCAGGCCAACAUGCCGGAUGUGAGCCGAAGCAACAGCGGAAGAAAUCGGCAUUCACGCCAAACCCUUGGUAAUUCUGAUGCCCAAGUCUUGACUGGGGGUUCUCCCACUGCUACACCAGCUCAAGAACGUCAAGAUCCUAUUAGGAACGAAUCGUCAAGCCGGGCGCCUGCCAAUGGCGAGGAAAGCUCAGGUCGUAGCGAGCAUGACCGAAGUCGCCGUGGUGACCGUGAGAGUAGGUCCAGCCGCGCUUCACGUCGAGGAAGUCGUGAACGAGAGCGGGAUCGUAGUCCAGGCCGAGAACGUGAGGGCAAGGAACAUCGCGAAUAUCGGGACCGUCGAUCAGGGGCUGGCGAAAGUGGCAGAGAAGAGAGGGAUUCUAGGAGGAGUAACAGAGAUCAAAGUGGUGCUCCACGUGAGCCUAUGGGCCCUCCCCCAACAGGUGGUAGAGACCUUGUUCAAGGUCGUGAAGGGCGACACAGAGGUGAUGGUCAAAGUGGCCGAAGUGGUGAAGAUUGGGGAGGCAGCGGUAGAGGAGGCGGUCGUGGAGGACAGCGUGACGGAGGGCUACGACCGGAGGAUCGCCGCGAUGGGCGUGAGGAUCGAGGACGAAAGAGGCGAAGUGAAGAAGGAGUUGGAAGUUUGUCAAGUGAUCGUGAGAAGCGGCCCCGACGAUGA